AUGCCCGCGGCUCCGCGGCCGCCGUCAUAUCCGGCUCCCGCCCAUCCGGGCCAGCGCGGCGGGGCCGGGACGGGCACCAUGGCCGCGCCGGGGGCGGCGGGCGGCGGCAGAAGCGGUGCCCCCGCUGCCGAAUGGGGCGGCUUCGAGGACAACAUGCAGGGUGGCGGCUCCGCCGUCAUCGACAUGGAGAACAUGGACGACACGUCGGGCUCCAGCUUCGAGGACAUGGGGGAGAUGCACCAGCGCAUGAAGGAGGAGGAGGAGGAGGAGGAGGCGGAGGGCGAGGCGGGCGCCGGCGAGGAGGAGGACGGGGAGUUCCUGGGCAUGAAGGGGCUGCGGGGGCAGCUGGGCCGGCAGGUCGCUGACCAGAUGUGGCAGGUGGGGAAGAGACAAGCCUCCAGGGCCUUCAGCCUCUACGCCAACAUCGACAUCCUCCGGCCCUACUUCGAUGUGGAGCCCGUCCAAGUGCGAGCCAGACUGCUGGAGUCCAUGAUUCCUGUGAAGAUGAUUAAUUUCCCACAGAAGAUUGCAGGCGAGCUGUAUGGACCCCUCAUGCUGGUUUUCACAUUGGUGGCCAUUCUUUUGCAUGGAAUGAAGACCUCAGACACCAUCAUUAGGGAAGGCACGCUGAUGGGCACAGCCAUUGGCACCUGCUUUGGUUACUGGCUGGGCGUCUCAUCUUUCAUGUAUUUCCUGGCAUAUCUGUGCAAUGCCCAGAUCACGAUGGUGCAGAUGCUGUCACUGUUGGGCUACGGUCUUUUCGGACACUGCAUCACUCUCUUUGUCACCUAUAACAUCCACUUCCACUCCCUCUUCUAUAUCUUCUGGUUGGUCGUUGGUGGACUCUCUACACUACGAAUGGUUGCUGUGUUGGUGUCACGCACCGUGGGACAUACCCAGCGGCUCAUCCUGUGUGGGACUCUUGCUGCUCUGCAUAUGCUUUUCCUCCUCUAUCUGCACUUUGCUUAUCACAAGGUGGUGGAAGGUAUCCUGGACACAUUGGAAGGACCCAACAUGCCGCCCUUCCAGAGAGUUGCCCGAGACAUUCCAGUUGUUUCCAAUGCUGUACUGAACACAACAGCCAAAGCCAUUGCAUUGACCCUCUAGUUUUACAGACUUGGACUUGCUUCCUUCACUACUUUUGGGGCUGCACAGGGCCACAGUAAUGUGCUGCCUGUUGCAGGACAGAACAGCAAGAAGACAACUUGGUUUUGUUUUCCUGGACCUGUCCUCUGUGUUACGGUUUUGGGCAGCUGAGUGGACUCAGCAGAGGUGAGUCACACCUCAGUGACUCAGAAGAGCUGUCUGUACUCUUCCCCCAUCCAGGUGUGGGCUAUCUUGAGUAGAGUGGUUCUGUUGCCUGCAUGUUUAGCUGGGAUUUCCCAGCACAGUUUGUUCCUUAGCCCUCUUUCCGCUUGCUGAUGUAACUCCAGGAGUAUCUGCCCUGUUCCUGUCCUGAAGAGGGAAGAAUUAAAUUGAUGUUGGUGCUGA